AUGUCUGGAGCUUCAGAUUUUCUCUCCAAAGGCAUCGACCUUGUACAGAAAGCUAUAGAGGCAGACACUGCCACCAGAUACGAUGAGGCCUACAAACUCUACUACAAUGGCUUGGAUUACUUGAUGCUUGCGCUCAAGUAUGAGAAGAACCAAAAGUCCAAGGAUUUGAUCAAGUCCAAGUUCACCGAAUACUUGACUCGUGCCGAGCAGUUGAAGGAGCAUUUGGAGAAACAGCAGUCUAAGUCUGACGCUGCAGAGCUGUCCGCUUCCGGGUCUACAAAGGCGAAGAAGUCUGGUGAAGGCGACGACGAUGCUGACACCAAAAAACUCCGUGGUGCAUUGGCUGGAGCCAUCUUGUCGGAGAAGCCUAAUGUGAAAUGGGAUGAUAUUGCAGGUUUGGAAGCUGCCAAGGACGCAUUGAAGGAGGCUGUCAUCUUGCCUGUCAAGUUUCCUCAGUUGUUCACAGGAAAUAGAAAGCCCACUCUGGGUAUCUUGUUGUAUGGUCCUCCUGGUACAGGUAAGUCUUACUUGGCCAAAGCAGUUGCUACUGAAGCCAACUCGACCUUCUUUUCUGUUUCAUCUUCGGAUCUCGUUUCGAAAUGGAUGGGUGAAUCCGAAAGAUUAGUCAAGCAGUUGUUCACCAUGGCCAGAGAGAACAAGCCAGCUAUCAUCUUCAUUGACGAGGUGGAUGCAUUGUGCGGACCACGUGGAGAGGGAGAAUCGGAGGCUUCUAGAAGAAUCAAAACUGAACUUUUGGUUCAGAUGAAUGGUGUAGGAAAUGACUCUCAAGGGGUUUUGGUGUUGGGAGCCACCAAUAUCCCAUGGCAGUUGGACGCAGCUGUGCGUCGUAGAUUUGAAAGAAGAAUUUACAUUGCAUUGCCUGAUCUUGAGGCCAGAAAGCGCAUGUUCGAGUUGAACAUUGGUACGGUUCCGUGUGAAUGUAACCAGCAAGAUUUGCGGGUUUUAGCGGAGAUGACCGACGGAUACUCUGGUCACGAUAUCGCAGUAGUGGUAAGAGAUGCGUUGAUGCAGCCCAUCAGAAAGAUUCAGCAGGCUACACACUUCAAGCCUGUGACGGAAGAUGGAGUGGAGAAGCUCACACCAUGCUCACCAGGAGACGCUGGUGCCCGAGAAAUGAGCUGGCUCGACAUCGGCACCGACGAGUUGAAGGAACCGGAAUUGACCAUUAAGGACUUCAUCAAGGCCGUCAAGAACAACAGACCAACAGUCAACGAAAAGGAUAUUCAGAACCACGUUGAUUUUACCAACGACUUUGGCCAGGAGGGUAACUAA